AUGAGAUUCCAGUUUUUCAUACACUUUUACUACAUCAUCAUCGUAUUUGCAAGUAGUAAUACAGCGCAACAUUUUAAAGACACAGGGGUCAGGUUGAUUACAUCGUUGAAAGAUUUGGACAAUAAUACGACACAUGCAGAACUGGUGGCAGAAAAAAUCCCAAUUAUUGAGGAGCAGUUACACAAUGUCAGCACAAAGUAUGAGCAUCAUGCUUUUAUUCUGAAGGGGCUAGAAGCAGUCUUAAACCGCAAAGUAGAAAGUUUGACCAUUAAUGGGACUGAAUCGCUCGAUACAGAAUUUGAAAAAGUGGAAAAGUCACUUGAUAUGGCCUUGAAUAUCUCGCCGUUCGAAUAUAUUAGAAAAUUCAAGGAGCUGUCCAAGGAAAAGGUGGUCGAAGCCCUAGAGGACCUCAACAGAGAACAGAAUCGGGUGAUUAUAAGCGGUAAUAGAGAAGAAGAAGAAGAAGAAGAAAAGGCGGCAAAAGAAAAACGCAAGCGUUUAGAUAAAAUAAAAAGAAUUUUGACGGUAAGUCUAUUAGAACUAGGUCUAGCUCAAGGCGUUGCUGAUUUAUGCGCAUUGGCGCCUUUCGCAUGUCUUCUUGGGGUAACAGUUGGAAGUGUUGGAUUUAUAUUUUGGUUGGCAUUGAUAUAUAAAGCUAUUCAGUAG